UUAGCACCUGCGGGUCACAGAAAACUUGGGUGUCAGCAAACCUCAAAGUUAAGUCAGCUGUUCUGUUUUGAGGAGAAUCACGUAAUUGCAAAACCUGUACAAGUUUAAAAGAAAAAGGACAAAAUGAAAACUGCCAAGGACGAUGGAAAUAUUCGGUUGACGGGAUUGACAUUCAAUCGAUUUGCUGAGGAGGCACCCAUCUCGGGGAUGUCCAAGAAUGGAUACUUCUUCCAAGAAAUGGAGCAGCGGGAGGCAGAGCAGGAGGAGGGCAGCGAGGGCAGAGAGGAGGGGCAAGACUCCCCCACGGCCUGCAGAGACGACGUCCACCUUUACACCAACCAGAACAGCCCUGGACCAGAUUCCGAUGAUUCUGGCUGCGUCCUACUGAACACAUCUCGGAAGUAUGUGAAGCUGAUGAACUUUGAGGAGGAGGUGCGUGCACACCGAGACCUGGACGGCUUCCUGGCGCGGGCCAGCAUCCUGCUGGACGAGACGGCGGCGUCCCUGGACGACGUGCUGAAGAGGAUGCUGCACCACGUGGGCCAGGAGAACCACACCGCCGAGCCCGGCUGCAACUUCGAGGACGUCAUGAGCAUGCUGUUCACCGACGCCGGGGCGCAGGAGGUCAGCGCCAAGUCUCAAAGUUUCGUUUUCUUUGACGACGUGCACCUGCUGUCAGAGACCAUGCAAGGGGUCACUGCCACGGCAACGGGGAUUCAGUACCAGCAGUCCUGGCUCUGCAUCCUGUGCAACGUGAAGAGCCUGCAGAGGCGGCACGUGUGCAUCUCUCGUCUGGAGCGUCCUCAGAACUGGGGGGAGAACUGCUGUGAGGUCCGCUACGUCAUCCUCAUCCUGGCCCCCCUCAAAAUGAAAAGCACCAAGACAGCGAUGGAGCUGGGCCGCACCUUUGCCACCAUGUUCUCUGACAUCUCCUUCAGGCAGAAGCUGCUGGAGACCAAGACCCAGGAGGAGUUCAAGGAGGCCCUGGUCUUCCAGAGACACCAGCUCACCGCCGCCAAUCAGAAGCCCACCACCGUCGAGGAGGAGGAGACAGACCCCCAUAGCCACAAACCUCUCAAGUGUAAGGACUUCUUCAAGGCUGGAAGAGGAAUCUACGAUGACUUGUGUCGCAGGCUGCCCCUCUACCCCUCUGAUUUCACUGACGGUGUUGUGGGCAGCAACAAGUCCCUGCUGAAGUACAUGACCACCGCCAUCUUCCUUUACAUCGCCAUCCUGCUCCCUGCCAUUGCUUUCGGCUCCCUCAACGACGAGAGCACGCGCGGCGAGAUUGACGUCCAGAAGACCAUCGUGGGUCAGAGCAUCGGAGGGAUCAUCUACUCCCUGUUUGCAGGCUCUCCUCUGGUCGUGCCUCUCACCACGGCUCCUUUGGCUAUCUACAUAUCUGUGAUUCGAGGGAUCUGUGAUGACUACGAUCUGAACUUCACUGCGUUCUACGCGUGCAUCGGCCUGUGGAACAGCUUCUUCCUCAUCCUGGGAGGAGUCUUCAACGCCAGUCUGAUAGUCAAGCUCUUCAAGAGGUCCACCGAGGAGAUUAUCGCUCUGUUCAUCUCCAUAGCGUUCGUGGUGGACGCGUUAAAAGGCACCAUCAAAAUCUUUCACAAAUACUACCACUCCCCCACACUGACCAAUGGGAGCAUGGGGGCCUCCCAGCCGCUGCAGGACAGGUGGGGGCAGCUGGGGGUCAACGUGACGGAGGAGACGACCAUCGUGUGCACCCGGGAGAGGCCUGUCCUCUGUCUGCUGCUCAUGCUGGGGACCUUGUGGAUGGGAUACACCCUGUACCAGUUUAAGAGGAGUCCGUUCCUGCAUGUGAAGGUGAGGGAGCUGCUGUCAGACUGUGCCUUGCCCAUCUCCAUCCUGCUGUGCUCCUUUAUAGGAUCCUACCUGUUCAACGACAUAGAGCUCCCAGUGUUCAACUUUAAAAACACCCCCAUGUUCAACCUGGCUCCGUUUGAGAAGCUGUCGGCCAUCAACGUUCUGAGUGCCAUGGGUCUGGGCCUGCUCCUCGCCAUCCUCAUCUUCAUCGACCAGACCAUUGUGGUGUCGCUGACCAAUGCACCGGAGAACCGGCUGCUGAAAGGCACAGCAUACCACUGGGACCUGAUGCUCUCAGGACUCAUCAACAUGCUGAUGUCGGUGCUGGGGUUGCCAUGGAUGCAUGCCGCCUUCCCCCACUCCCCCCUGCAUGUGCGGCAGCUGGCCGUGGUGGAGCAGCACGUGGAGGGAGGACACCUCUACGAGACCAUCGUCCAGGUGAAGGAGACCAGGCUGACGUCGCUGGCGGCCAACAUCUUCAUCGGCGUGUCUGUGUUCCUGCUGCCCGUGCCCCUGCAGUGGAUCCCCAAGCCGGUGCUGUAUGGCCUCUUCCUCUACAUCGCCCUCACCUCCAUCGACGGGAACCAGAUGUGUGACCGCAUGGCUCUCCUGUUGAAGGAACAGACCUCCUACCCCCCCACCCACUACAUCCGCAAGGUCCCCCAGAGAAAGAUCCACUACUUCACCUUCCUGCAGAUGGUGCAGCUGCUGGUGCUGUGUGCGUUCGGCAUGUACCCACUGCCCUACACCAAGAUGAUCUUCCCUGUGCUCAUGGCCCUGCUCAUUCCCAUCAGGAACUGUGUGCUUCCUCACAUCAUUCAGGCCAAAUACCUGGAUAUUAUGGACGCCCAACACAUGUAGCUAGAUAGAGACUUUGGGGAACAGGCACCUGGGAUUUGUAUUUUUAAAUGCAGGUAAAUAGACUGUUUAAUUUUAUAAUAGAAUAGAACAUCCAUGGUGGUGCAGCACUGAAGACAGGAAGAGGAGGGGGGGGGGGGCGGAGAGGUGGAGCAGAGGAGGAGGAAGGAGUUGAAGAGAGAAGGAAAGGAGGCAGAGGAGACGAGCAUAAGACUGCAGAGCCGCCAGAGUGUCUUCUGGCUGCCUGGCACUCACGCAGCGUCUUCAUCUGCCGAUGUUCACUUCC